CUGGACCGCAUUUUAUCUGUCAAUGUCACCUGAAUAAAUAUUUGUGUCAAAAUAACCUCAAAAGGUUCAUGUAAUAAUUUUUGAAAAAUUACGAAACAAAUUGCAUUUAUACUAAAAGAAAACUGCUACUAAGCAUUUAUUUUCAACAAAAAAACAAAGGCUUAUCAAUAAAAACAUGAAUAUAGCACGAAAACUCUGUACAAUCCACCACAGUUAUGUCAGCAAGAACCUUUACCGAAAAUUUAGAUUUUCGGCAAUAAACUAUGAAUCGGCUACAGCAACCCAGCCCCAAGUUAAAGAAGAGAAGUUUAACUUCGAAGAUUUAAACACUUUCGAGCGUAGCGAACGCCGUAAAGCGAAAAUUGAACCAUUUAUGAAAAACAUCUUCACUUCUUAUUUCGACCGCAAUAUGCUUGCUUACCCCGAGAUUCUAAACAAAGAAGAGACCGAAGCACUCGAAAAAAGAGUCACAGCCAUCACCAACGUGUUUUCAGACCCAAAAAAGACGGCAGAAGAUCGCAAAAACAUACUUAAAGACACGAAAAUGUAUGCGGCACCUAUCUCUUUGACGCGAAACGGUCUUGCAAGCAAUAUAACAGAAAGUUUAAGGUAUUUGGAGGCUAUAUCGACUGAUUUUAAGCUCGGCCAGGAGAUGAGUGACCACUGGGUGGGGCUGUUAUUGCUGCAAGCAGGUUUGACUCAAGAACAGUUGUCUAUGAUUGUGGAUGAAUUAAUCACGGGUGAUAAUCUGAUCUCCUUGGGUAUUAAGGAAAGAGUUGCAGAGAGGAUAUCUCAAGCUGAUUUUAGGACUUUUGCUGAGAUGGAUGGGCAAGGAGUCUGGCGCAUAUCAGGCGAGAAGAUAUGCCAGUUCAACAAUGGGUUUAUACUGGUACUCUCGACUGUCGAGGCGGAGCGCUUGAAGAUGUUCCUCGUACAUCCCGGAGCUGCUGGUGUCAGCAGCAACGGUCCUUUUGUUAAUUUUAUGAAGACUCCUGGUACGCCACUAGACGCGGUCCCAGAGAACAAGCUAGCGCAAAUACUAGGUCUAUCUCGUUUGUACGCCGCCUCACUCUCCCGCUGUCGGCUAACCAGUGCCAUCCGCAGUGUAGUGGAGUAUACCAGGCCUAGAGCUUUCACUGGCAAACCCCUAGCAGACUUAACAACGAUUCAAUCGACAAUAGGCUCAGCGCUCCUACAAGUGUACGCGAGCGAGAGCGCCGAGUACUUCACAGCCGGCCUGCUGGACGGCUACACGGAGCCUGAUGCUGAACUGGAAGUCGCCAUGUGCAGAAAUUUCAUAGCCAACCACGGCGUACAUACAAUGCUGGACCUUCUCUCAGUGCCGGCGCUGGACAAGGAGGAGGAAUGUAAGCUGUAUCUGGACAACAUGAGGCAUUUGGCCACUAGGGGCGAGAACUUGGAUAGCGUUAAUAUGUUUAUAGCACUAACAGGCCUCCACCACGCCGGCAAGUCGAUGGCUGAGGAGGUGAAACAGAUGCGCAACCCACUGAUGCAUCCCACCUUCAUAUUCAGAAAGGUCUUCGCUAACAGACAUCAGGAAAAAGACGACCCCAAACUAACUCUGCACCUCUCAGAACACUUGCACCCCACACUGAAGAUCCCGUCGGAACAGUUAGAGUACUGCGUGCUUCGCAUGAGAUACGCCUGCGAGACGCUCAUGGCGAGGCACGGCGUCAACGUCGACAGCGCAUAUACGGAAUUGAGUCGGCUAGCUGAGGCAGCUACAGAAAUAUUAGUGAUGACUGCAGUACUGGCGAGAGCAUCAAGAGCAUACUGCAUAGGCCUAAGAAACUCCGAAAUUGAAAUGAAGUUAGCCGCCUGUUUCGUAGAAAAAACUAAAGAAAGAGUGAAAAAACUUAUCAAGGAAAUAGAUGACGGACAAUAUCUGAACUUGGACCAUUUUACAGUACAAUUCGGUAGGAAAGUAUUAGAUACUAACACUACUUUAGCUGAGAAACCUACCGCUAGAGUGUUUUGGUAAGGUUUGAAAGAGGUGCAGUUGACUACAAAUUUUGUUUUCUGUUAAAGGGUCAUUUCAUACUAGCGGUUUUUUUUUCAUGCUUAUCUGGUCGGUUCUUGUCGUCAUCCAAAGAAAUUACACUUAGUUCUAGAUAGUGUAACAAGCAAAAAAAAUAGAAUAAUUUAUGAAUAGGGAGUGAGAGUAGUAAUAAAAUGUUUCUGGUAAUACUGAAUGUAAAAUGGUGGAUCAGCUAUCCAGCUAUAGUUUGGGUUCCAGAUAUAAUGUCAGGACACCUUUUCACACACGGUUGGUUAGCCCCAUGCUAAGUUAUUAAUUAACUUGUGUUAUGGAUGCUAACUCAACUGAUAAACUACAUAUAGCUACAUAUAUACAUAUUUAUAAAUACAUAUUGUAACACCACGGCCAACAAGCAUGUUCAUCACACAAAUGUCGACCGAACCGAGAAUCGCACCCGAGACCUCAUGUUCGGCAGUCCGGCAUGGUCACCAUCCAUUGCGCCAUCGAGAAAGAUAUAAAUGUAAUGUCUUUGGCGUCGUUUCUCGAACCUUUAGAUGUCAAUCAAAAGUUUGUUCUGUAUUUGUUAUCCGCUAGUGUGAAACGCUCUUUGUGUCAAACAAAAUACUGUUGACAAGAAAAUUUGAAAAAAAUAUUUUACGAGAAUACCGCGGGAAAAGUUAGUAUGUUUGUUUAUUCUAAAUAAGAAUUAUUGUAUGAGUUGAUUUAUUUCAUUAAGAAAACUUACUAUAAGAACGAUUAGUUGGGAAAAAUAUUUUUAAUGUUACGUUGUAAAUAAAACUAGUUUUAAUAUUU